AUGGCUAGAACUAAAUAAGGAAAACCUAACAAUAAUAAAUUCAGUCUCUCUCCUUAAAGUUUUUGUAAUGACUCAUUGGAUAACAAAAAAUAACCUUAUAAAAAUCAAUAAAAGAGAAAACACAAAUUUAGACCUGGAACUGUUUCUUUAAGAGAAAUCAGAAAGUAUAUGUCUCAUAUGAUAUUUUAGAUAUUAAGCUUCUACUCAACUUUUGAUUAGGAAAUUACCAUUCUAAAGAUUAGUGAGAGAAGUUUCUUAAAGAUCUGAAAAAGAUUUCAGAUUUACCCAAUCUGCACUUUAUGCAUUAUAAGAAGCUACAGAAGGAUUUAUUACUCAUUUAUUUGAGGAUGCCAAUCUUUGUUCACAUCAUGCUAAGAGAGUUACCUUAUUAACUAGAGAUUUAUAAUUGGCAAUUAGAAUUUAAGGUAUAGAAUAUUGA